AUGCCAGGAAGUGUUGAGGCGCCCGUUUCCAAACCUCUUUGUAAAAUCAAAAGCGUCAAAAUACUCGGAAAGAAAUGCAGUAGAAAGCGGUCAAAUAAGUCAAAUAUGUCGCUGCUUACCGCCGUCGAGACAGCCAUCAAGUCGUGCAAAGAAGAACGGGUGAGGGUGAAUGGACGCAUUCACUUCUACAGAGAACUACUACAAAGCCUGGCAGCUCCUGAUGAACCAGAAACAACAAAUGAUGCUCCGACCGACACAGCAACAUCAAACCCAGUGGAAAUGGAAGAAAUGAAACUGCUUGAGCAAGCGUUACAAAAAGCCCUUUAUGUGCGCACCGGCACAAGGCUUUCUAGUCAAGUCCCAGAGGGAAACAAACCCACUCAGCUUCGAAAGGACCUCGGUGCCAUACCCAAACAGGCUACUUCAAAAGCCUCGUCUGCUUUCAAAGGAAAUCAGACGGCCAGCAGAUCGACACUCAAGUCUGCCGGUAGUGACAAAAAAGUGCCCAAAAAGCCUGGAACAUCAUUGAAAUCCUCAGCCACUUGCGGUCCUGGAAAGUGUAAAAGCACCGUUGGUAAAUAUGUGAACACGACCGAUCUGAGGAGCACGCAUCGUCAGGCUUCAAAAAGUGUCCAGCACACUGCCUCGGUGAGCACAAGUGCUAGAAGCAGCUCGCCGCAUGGUGAGGACCUGACCAGAGUUGCAGCUGCAGCUUCACCUCACGCAGGAGACACAGCAGAUGACACUCUGCCUCAACCAAGGAGAUUACGGAGUGAGCAGAGAGCACAGUGGAUCUCUCUCAGGCUCAAGCAAAACAGAAUGUGGGACAAAGCGAUGGCCGCUCAAAGGAAACCUGCGCCCGGGAGGAGUCGCUUCAUGGAGAGAGUGAGAGCAACGUUUCCUAAGGACUGGCCACGUGGAAGCCCGGAGCAGAUCGGAAGUCUGGUUGGCAGACUAAAUCGCCGGGCUGAUGAACUGGCCCAGCAGUGCCAGACAAUGGACCUUCUGGAUCAGCAAACCCCAGAGCUGGGCGCGGAACCGGGGAUGAAAGAAAACAGGUGUUCCUGUCUAACGCCUGAGCGAUUGCAAAUAACAGCAGUGGAGCUCCAGAGAGUUGCAGAGCGAGCAAAACAAGAGUGGGAAGCAUGGGAUCGAUGGAGGCCAGAGGGAGGUUGUCUUUACGCCGCCGGGCCAGCGGAAGAUGAGGCAAUCGCACGUCAUCUGCCCGUGACUGUCACUUACACCUCGGAGGCUGAGCUGCGGCAGCUGGAGGCAAUCAGGAUGAGACUUGCUCUGCUGCGGCAGGAGAUUUACCUCCAGCAGGCUCUGCUGGACGCUCUGUCCCCCCAGCUGGCCUCCAUCGUCCCCUCGUGUCCCGACCGAAGUGUGUUGAGAGACGUGUACUCCCUACUGGGUGAAGGAGGUCAACGUUUCCCUGCCAUCAUCCUGGAGUCUGAGCCAGAGUAAAUGAUUGCCCCUUUUUUCAAGGUCAUUAUAAAGUUUUACUUUACGUAAAGUUCCAAAUUAGUUGCGAACUUUUCAUUGUAUUGCGUGAUGGAACGAAAACAAUUGUAUGUCUGAAAAUAAAAACAAUAAAAGCGAAUGUCUUUAUUUGUAGUGUACAGCCAUCCAUUUUAUAUAAUGCUUAUCCUCGUCGCUGAGCUACACUGAAAAAUCACAGGGCACCUACAGAGAGGGACAACCAUUCGCAUUAAGUGGGAACUGAACCAAUGCAGGCGGCACGGUGGGCGACUGGUUAGAACGUCUGCCUCACAGUUCUGAGGAUGGGGGUUCAAACCUUGGCCCCGCCUGUGUGGCGUUUGCAUGGUCUCCCCCCCCGUGGGUUUUCUCUGGGCACAUUUUCUAUAUUGCUUGACCUCAUUAUGGUUGCGGGUGAGCUGGAGCCUAUCCCAGCGAGAGGUGGGGUACACCCUGGACUGGUGGCUCAUAUAGCUAAACAAGCAUUCACACAUUUUCACAUCUGAAAAUUCAACAAGCUCAACAUGAAUAUAUUUGGAAUGUGGUUGAACCUGAAGAAAAAGCACGAGGUGGUCAUGCAAACUGUACACAGGAGGGCCUGAGCUGGGAUUCAAACCCAGAAACUCAGCUGUGGGGCUGAUGUGCUAACCACUCCUCCACAUUCCACAGUUGGCGCAGUCAAGAGAAAAUGUUUUGAAUUAGUGACUAGCGAUUAAGUUGUCAGUUUGAUAUUUAUGCCAUGGCGACAGGCCGCGUAUUGUACUAGAGGGACGUAAGCGAUGUCACAAAUACCGAUCCUGAAGUAAUUCACCAUCUGUGAUGCAAAGAAACUCAGCAAUUGGGUUUUAUUUUCUCACCAAAUGUGAUGCGAGGGGAGUAUGUUGGAAGCCUUGGGGGAGGCCUUA